AUGUCAAGUCCUCAAAAUUUCGAAACUGCACAACAGUACAUGGAUUCUCUCUCUGAUAGUAAUAACAGUCACAUGGAGAAUCAACAACAACAGGACGCGUCCCCUAAUGCGAAUGGCAAUGGUGCAGUGACGACGGAAGAAACCAACGUCGAUCCAUCAAUCACAAAUGUAAAGAUGGAGGGAACAAAUAACGCUGAUGCUGAUAUUACAAUUGCCCUUCCUGCAACACAAGAUGUAAACAAUGACAGUAAUGGGACUGCAGCGGCUGAUAAGGAUGGAAAUUCUCCAAAUAAUGAAACGUCGACCUCCACUGGAGAAAAUCCACAAAAGGAUCAAAAUGCUACCCCUGUAGCCAUUAGUACUUUAUUUCAAGGUAUGAAUUUUUUCAUGAAUCGUAAUAAUGAUGCCCAUGAUUCAGCUCAUGAUGUCGAUCAAUUAGCUCGUCUUAUUAUGGCUCAUAGUGGGAACGUAUUAGCUUCUUUACCAGAGGAUACAACUGAUGUUUCAAAUGUAUAUGUCAUUUCUCCCUAUAAUGAUACUAAAUUACCAACUGUGACGCCCACUUAUAUUAAGGCAUGCGUGUCAAAUAACACUCUUUUAAAUAUUAAUCAUUAUUUGGUUCCAUAUGAUGAAUUCCGUUCUGUUAUUGACACGCAAUUACAAUCAGAGACUAAUAAUGAUGAUGAUCAUGUUGAUCAUGACGAGGCAUCAAAAAAGAGAAAUUUAUUUGAAGCUGAUCCUGAAGAGGCUACUCAAUUGAAUUCUACUGAACCUCAAGGGACUUCCACUCAACUACCACAGGAUAAUAAAACUGCCAGUAAUCCUACAACAAUAAGUGCACAACCAGAAAACAAUCAAGAAGCUAAUAAUGCUGCUCAACAGCAAACAGAAGAACAAUUACGUCUUUUACAAGAACAUGCACAAGAAGUGAAUCAACAAGCUGAACCAUCAAAUGUAUCAGAUGAAGACGUAAAUUAUGAAGAAAGAGCCUACAUGAUGAGAGCUGCUUUACCAUCUCAUAAUAAAGCUUCAUUUACUGAGGCAGAAGAUGAAUUUAUCUUAGACGUUGUGAGGAAGAACCCAACAAGACGUACCACACAUACUUUAUAUGAUGAAAUUUCACAUUACGUUCCAAAUCAUACGGGGAAUUCUAUUAGACAUAGAUUCCGUGUCUAUUUAUCAAAGAGGUUAGAUUAUGUUUAUCAAGUGGAUAGUUAUGGGAAGUUAGUUCGUGAUGAAAAUGGUAAUCUAAUAAAGACCAAGACGUUACCACCAUCAAUUAAAAAGAAAUUUACAGCUGAUGAAGAUUAUAUUUUAGCAUUAGCAGUAAAGAAGCAAUUUUAUCGUGAUUUAUAUCAAAUUGAUCCUGAUACGGGGACAAAUUUAAUCAGUAAUGAAGAUUCUCCUACUGCAAUUGCAAGAAGAAAUAUGACUAUGGAUCCAAAUCAUGUUCCUGGUAAUGAACCAAGUUUUAAUGAUUUUAGAGUUAAUGAUCGUAGAGGUCCUGUAGCUAGAGAAUUUUUUAAAUCAUUUGCAGAUGCUAAUGUAUCUCAUAGUGAGAAUGCCUGGAGAGAUAGAUUUAGAAAAUUUUUGUUAACAUUUGGUGUGGAUCAUUAUAUUGAAUAUUUUGAACAAGAAACCAAUGCUGGUAGGAAACCAGAACCCAUGAAGAACUUAACUAACAGACCUAGAAGGAAGGCAGGUAUAACGCCUGGUAAUUAUAAUUCCGCAAUUAAGAGGCAGAGAGCCUAUUCCAUUUCUAAAGCUGUUCAUGAUCAGAAUAGUAAUAUAUCCAAUGCUGCUGUAGUUGCAGCUGCUAAUGCUGCCUCUGGAGAUAAUACAGAUACACAUUCCACCCCAUCAUAUCCAAUACCAGAGAAUGAAUUAUUAGAUGAAGAGACUAUGAAUUUCAUUUCUAAUUUAAAGAAUGAUUUAUCCAAAUUAGAGAGUAAUAAUAGUGGCAAUAAUAAUAAUCUACCCUUUGAAUAUUCACCUGAAAUUGCAGAGGCAAUUCGUAAUGAUUUUGAUAACGAAGGUAAAGAAUUUGAUAAUAUCGAUCCUGAUACGAUAAAAUUUCCACCUGAAAUUGCCACAAUUGAUCUUUUCUUACCAAUUUUUUUCCAAUUUGGAUCUACUAGAAACUUCCUUGAAAAAGUGGAAAAUGUUAUUAAGAGAGAUUAUGAACCAUCACAAGCUGAAAAAUUGGUGGAAGAUUUAUGUGAUGAAGCAGGUGUGCGUAGAGGGUUCAGUACUAGUAUCUUGACUGCGUUAUCUGGUGAUUUAAUGAUCUUUCCUCGUUAUUUCCUCAAUAUGUUUAAAAAUAACGUCAAUCCACCUUUAAACGUCCCUGGUAUUUGGACUCAUGAGGAUGAUGCGAUGUUAAGUUCUAAUGAUAGUGAAGACUUAAGACAUUUGGAAAAGAAGCAUGGUGCUGCAAGAAUAGCUAUUAGAAGAAGGUUUGUGGAAAGAGAUUUGGUUUAA